AUGGAUUGGCGAUCCACAUCCAUCACAACGGCACCUAGGACAACUCUCGGCGACCACGUCCAUCUUCGCCCGAACAUCCGAUGUUGCUGUGGCACGCGCCAUGGCGUGGCAGUGCAGGGCAUGGCCAGCUAUGCCGCGACCCGCCCUGCCAUGCCUUCUGUCCGACUCCGAAUUCGCCGCCACGAGGAUGAAGCCGAUCGCCACGGAUAA